UCCUAAUUCCUCCAACUUUUCUUAAAAAAAUUCGGAAUCUAAAGGUAAUCAGAACUCGUCAGCUAUCUAGAUAAUUCUUUGAUUUCCCCGGCAACAGAGUCUUCGGAUACAUAGAAGAAGGAGGAGGAGGAGGAGAGAGAAACAAAGAGAGGAGAGAAAAAAUGUCGUGCUUGUUUUCAUGCUGUGCAUCUCUGGCAUGCGGGUGUUGCACAUCAGUGGCUUCUGGAAUAACAAAUAAGUCAGCUAGGAUCGCAUACUGUGGCCUUUUUGGUGCUUCUCUUGUUGUUUCUUGGAUUCUUCGAGAAGUUGCUUCUCCUUUGUUAGAGAAAUUCCCUUGGAUAAAUAAUGCUGAUCACACAAAGGAGUGGUACCAGACAAGUACAGUUCUUCGGGUCAGCUUGGGGAAUUUCCUAUUUUUCGCAGUGCUUGCCUUGAUUAUGAUUGGUGUCAAGGACCAGAAUGACAAACGUGAUUCCUGGCAUCAUGGAGGAUGGAUGGUGAAGAUGAUUAUCUGGAUUCUACUUAUUGUUCUUAUGUUUUUUAUGCCAAAUGUUGUUGUCGAUAUUUACGGGAUUCUGUCAAAGUUUGGUGCUGGGCUAUUUUUGUUGGUUCAGGUUGUUUUACUGUUGGAUUUCACUUACACAUGGAAUGAUGCGUGGGUUGAGAAAGAUGAGCAGAAAUGGUACGUUGCUUUGCUUGCAGUAUCAGUGGGAUGCUACAUCGCUGCAUUUGCUUUCUCUGGAAUUCUGUUCAUUUGGUUCAACCCCUCUGGUCAAGACUGUGGCCUCAAUGUGUUCUUCAUUGUCAUGACCAUGAUUCUUGCUUUCGCUUUUGCUGUCAUUGCGUUGCAUCCAAAGGUGAAUGGAAGCCUCUUGCCAGCCUCAGUGAUUUCUGUCUACUGUGCCUAUGUGUGCUAUACUGGUCUUUCUAGUGAACCUCGUGACUAUGUUUGCAAUGGCCUACAUAACAAAUCGAAAGCUGUCACCACAAGCACCCUUGUCCUUGGAAUGAUCACUACAGUACUCUCAGUGUUGUAUUCAGCUCUUCGCGCCGGCUCUUCAAAGGCCUUUCUAUCACCCCCAUCAUCUCCAAGGGCAGGUGCGACAAAAUCUCUUCUGAGUUCAGAGGAUACAGAAGCAGGCAGAGACAAAAAGGAUUCAGAACCCCGGCCGGUCAGUUAUUCAUACAUGUUCUUUCAUCUAAUAUUUGCCCUCGCUAGCAUGUACUCUGCCAUGCUUCUCUCGGGGUGGACCAGCUCAACUGACAACUCGGAUCUUAUUGAUAUUGGCUGGGCUUCUGUUUGGGUAAAGAUUUGCACAGAAUGGGUGACUGCAGGACUUUACGUCUGGUCUCUUGUGGCACCUUUACUCUUGCCCGAUCGUGAAUUUUAUUAGAAAAUAUGUGAAUUGUCAUAUGUUCCUAAUUCUUAUAUAGCUUAUGAUGCCUAUUAAUAGUCAUGCUCUCAAACUGUCAUGUCAAUAGUUGUUUGGCAUUUGGAAGUCUGAGUUAGGUAAUUAAGCAUGUACAGGAUAUAUGAAAUAUCUGUGUAAUUACUAAUUAUGAUACCUCUUUUAAAACUUCUCAUGUGCAAGUCUCUCCGUUUGGCAAAAUACUUUGUCCAUGUUGACAAUAUGUAGCGACUUUGGGUAUGAAACAAAGUGAAGAGUGCCAUUUGUUACAAGGAAACUUCUUCUUUUUGUCACA